AGUGUGUGAAGAAGCGCAAUGGUGCUUCGGUUCGGAUUUCGGAAUGAGUAACGGAGGUAGUUGAUAGAAUCGAAGGGCCUGUUCGCUGUUCCCAUGAAAUUGACCGUAAUUUCUCCUUCCCCACGUUGUUCUUGUUCUGCUCCUUCAUCUUCCUUGUCCGUAAAGGUCAGGGCCAAGAGCCGGACGCCCGACCCAGGUUCUGGUAAGGGUUCUGACCCAACUCCUCCACGGAUUACAUCGAAUGUCAAGCAGAAUUUGCAGUUUUUAAGGUUGUGGAGGGAUUUCCAAAGACGAAAGUCCAAUACACCUAAGCCUGCUACUAGUUACCGUAGGAAGAAGGUGCAGAAGGAGGAUCUUCCAGAAGAUGUAGAGCUCUAUCGAGACCCUACCAUGACACUUUACUAUACAAACCAGGGUGUGGACAAUGCAGUCCCAGUGUUGCUUGUUGAUGGGUACAAUGUCUGUGGCUAUUGGAUGAAAUUGAAGAAGCAUUUUAUGAAUGGAAGACUCAAUAUUGCUCGCCAAAAGCUUAUCGAUGAACUGAUAACAUUCAGUAUGCUGCAAGAGGUGAAAGUGGUUUUGGUUUUUGACGCUAUGAUGUCUGGACUCCCUACCAACAAGGAGACAUUUGCUGGGAUUGAUGUAGUAUUCUCAGGUGACUCGUGUGCUGAUGCAUGGAUUGAGAAAGAGGUUAUAGCUUUGAAGGAGGAUGGUUGCCCAAAAGUCUGGGUUGUGACAUCUGAUCGUGAUCAGCAACAAGCAGCACAUGGAGCAGGGGCUUUUGUGUGGAGUUGCAAAGCACUGAUUUCAGAGAUAAAAGCUUCCCAGAAGGAGUUUGAUAGGAUGCUUCAAGAGCAAAGGUCGUUUUCUGUACAAGGGAAAUUGCUGAAGUACAAUCUUGGCCCUGAAGUAGUUGAUGCUCUCAAGGAUCUUAGGAGAAAGCUAUCUGAAAAUGAGUCGUAGUACUCUGUUCUUUUAAAGUAUAUUUUCUUCUCAUUCUUUAUCAAGCUUGUGAAUCUGCAAACCAUUUAUCAAUCAGUAGUCUGUCUUUUCUUUAUUAGUUAUGCAUACUUAACAUUGAUUUUCUCGACUAAACUAUGGUUUCUCAAUGUACAAAUUGGCUGUGCUUGUAUUAUAAAAUUCACAGAUACAAUAAUAAGUCGGUGAAUUAUGUAAAGUUCACCCCCCCCCCCCC